AUGGACUUUGAUCUCGAACUAGUGGGCGUUGCCUUCAUCCUCGUCUUCAGCGCCGCUUUUCUUUCCGCAUGGAACUUUUCGUUCCCGAGCACGGUGGAAAGAGACUUUUGGCGCGUGGCCAGUAUAUACAUGCUCGUAUACGGCUUUGUCGGUGCGGCGUGGAUGGAACUGUCCAUGUGGAUCUUUGUACCACAUAAUCGAGUCGCUCAAGGUCUGGAGCUGAGUAUUGUCGAGAAAGAGCUUGCUCAAAAGUCACAUCCUUUCCGAGACUUGUACUUCAGGCUAGAUAGAUGGCUAAGACGAAGGACAAGAAGGAGCAGUGACGUUGAUCGAGAUAGUCUGGUGCCUCAACAGCCACAGAAAGGUGUCUUGGCUUUUUUGAGCAGAUCUCACAACAUAUCGCACGGAAAGGACCCCAACAUGGGAGUUCAAAUCGGGUUUAUUGUCUUUACUUCCGCUUUAUGCGCUUUGUAUCUCACGUUUCGGAUUUUUAUCUUUGUGGAAGAUUUCAUUGGAUUGAGAGCUCUGCCACCGAGUGCGUUUGAGACGGUUGAAUGGACAAAGUUUAUUCCACAUAUAUAG